CUGGUCACCUUCGACCUCCCUUACCUCGCCUUCUACUACAACCAGAAGCUCCUCAUCUACCAAUCCCACGCCGAAUUCGUCGACGUGGCGGCCAAGCUCAAGGAAGGCCUGGCCGCUGUCCUCGACGACAUCUACCAGCUCGCUGGCCGGUUGGGGAAGGACGACGAAGGCGUCUUCAGGGUCGAGUACGACGACGACGACAUGGACGGCACCGGCGUCGAAUUCUCCGAGGCCGCCGCUGACGAUAGUACCACAGCGUUCAAGGAUUUGAUUCAGUACAGUGGCGUCCUCAACGUCCAUGGCCUCCACCGCCCCUUGCUCGGCAUUCAGCUGACGAAGCUAAGAGACGGGCUGGCGAUGGGCUUGGCGUUCAACCACGCGAUCCUGGACGGGACGUCCACAUGGCACUUCAUGGGCUCAUGGGCCGAGAUAUGCAGCGAGUCCACUUCCAUCUCGGUCCCGCCGUUCCUGGAACGGACCAAGGUCCGCAACACGCGGGUGAAGCUGGACCUUUCCCCGCCGGACGCGCUCACCAAGCCCAACAACGACAAUUCUGUGGCGAAAAUCCUCAGAGAGAAGGUGUUCAAGUUCCCCAAAGCAGCAAUCGCCAAGAUCAAGUCAACGGUCAACUCCACCCCGACAUCGAACGGCUAG